CGUUUUGUAUGGCUGAUAAUUCUCUCAGUUUCUCUCACAGGUCACAGUUGGAAACUAAAGCCAUGAAAGCGCAGAAUCACUCUCCAGCAACGCAAAAAACUUGUUUUGAACUUCUAUAACACAACGGAAAUGGUGGGUUCUCGACUUUCACCUCAAAUUCUCAGACCUACUGCCGCCAUUGGUGUCGUCCCUUGCCGGCAAGUCAGCAUUUGCGGGCUGUCUCUCUAUCCUCUUAUGACUUUCACAGCAAGAAAAUUAGCCGUUAGUGCCGACCGAAAGCUCAAGUGGGCAUGUAGGCUAAGCCUCGUGGACCAAAGCCCGCCAAAAUCAUCGGUUGACAUGGAGGGGUUAGUGGGUUUCUUGUACGAUGAUCUUCCGCAUCUGUUUGAUGAGCAGGGGAUUGAUCGGACGGCAUAUGACGAGCGGGUCCUGUUCAGAGACCCCAUCACGAAGCAUGAUACUAUUAGUGGGUAUCUGUUUAAUAUUGCUCUCUUAAAGGUGCUUUUCAGGCCUCAGUUUCAGUUGCACUGGGUCAAACAGACAGGACCUUACGAAAUAACCACAAGGUGGACUAUGAUAAUGAAGUUCAUCCUUUUGCCGUGGAAACCAGAGCUCGUCUUCACUGGAACCUCUGUAAUGGGUGUAAACCCAAAGAAUGGGAAGUUUUGCAGCCAUGUGGACUAUUGGGACUCCAUAGAGAAAAAUGAUUAUUUUUCACCUGAAGGUUUGGUGGAUGUAAUUAAGCAGUUGCGAAUUUAUAAGACUCCUGACUUGGAGACACCCAAAUACCGGAUACUGAAAAGGACUGCAAAUUAUGAGGUGAGAAAGUAUUCAGGAUUCACAGUGGUAGAAACAAAUGGAGACAAGCUCUCUGGGUCGACUGGCUUUAAUGAUGUUGCUGGGUAUAUCUUUGGGAAAAAUUCUACAAUGGAGAAAAUACCAAUGACUAUGCCUGUCUUCACUCAGGCUUCCAAUGCUGAGUUGUCAGAUGUAUCCAUCCAAAUUGUUCUUCCAUCUAAUAAAGAUAUCAGUAGCUUGCCCAAUCCCAGUCAAGAGAAAGUUAUCUUGAGAGAAGUUGAGGGAGGUAUUGCUGCAGCAUUGAAAUUCAAUGUACUAUGAUAAUCAAAUAGCAACAGCAAGUUCCUUUCAUUUUGUUGAUUUAUUGCCUCUUUUUCUAAUUUUAAUUUGUGACACCAUUCUCUUCGUUCUUUUUACUGUUUUGUGCAUCAAAGAGAAAUGAAGUUAUAAUUUGGCUUGAGGACUUCACCCUGGAUUAGCAUCUUGAGCGAAGCCAUUUCUUUAGAAUCUCUGAAUGUGGAUCCUUUCUUACUAAGGAAACGGUAUAGGCACACCUUAAGGAUUAUGUAUUUACAUAAGAUCCUUGCAAUGAGAAGUUGUAUAGAAUACGAGCUUAUUUAAUUAAUGCUUUUCCUUCCCUUCACUUCUCACGUGUUUCAUGACACUCUUUAUUUGUAUUUUAGAUAGAACUAGUUCAGCAUUUUGACUUCUAUUUUGGAUUUAUUCUUUUGGUGAUGUUCUAUGAGAAAGACAGCAAUUGUUUU